AUGCCAACACGACGCCUUUUGCACACAAUGAUUCGUGUGGGAGAUCUCGAGCGCAGUAUUAAAUUCUAUACAGAGGCUCUUGGGAUGCGCCUUCUUCGUAAGUGGGAUUGCCCAGAGGAUAAAUUUACUCUGGUUUUCCUUGGCUACGGUACCGAGAGCGAAACUGCAGUGCUAGAGCUUACCUAUAACUAUGGACAAAGUGAGUACAAGCAUGGUGAUGCCUACGGACACAUUGCAAUUGGUGUGGAGGAUGUAAAUGAGGAAGUUUCGCGUUUAAAGAAGAUGAAUGUGACUAUUGACUACGAGAGUGGUGAUGGAUUUAUGGCAUUUAUCGUGGAUCCUGAUGGGUACUAUAUUGAGUUAUUGAAUACCAAACAAAUGAUGGAUAAGGCUAAGAAACAUAUGGAGGAGCAGGGAACUGCUUAA